AUGCGGGCCGCGCGCUCGGUGGCGCGCAUGUGCUUGUGUUCGGUCUGCCGGGCUGCCCCGAGCCGGCCCGGAGCGGGUCCGCUCCUGGUGGCUGGCGGCCGGAGCGAGGGAGCGGACAUGGACUUCGACUCGUACCAGCACUAUUUCUACGACUAUGACUGCGGGGAGGAUUUCUAUCGCUCCACGGCGCCCAGCGAGGACAUCUGGAAGAAAUUCGAGCUGGUGCCGUCGCCCCCCACGUCGCCGCCCUGGGGCUCAGGUCCCGGCGGCGGGGACCCGGCCUCUGGAAUUGGUCCCCCGGAGCCGUGGCCCGGAGGGGGCGCCGGGGAUGAGGCAGAAUCCCGGGGCCACUCAAAAGCUUGGGGCAGGAACUACGCUUCCAUCAUCCGCCGCGACUGCAUGUGGAGCGGCUUCUCGGCCCGGGAACGGCUGGAGAGAGCAGUGAGCGACCGGCUCUCCACUGGUGCGCCCCGGGGGAACCCGUCCAAGGUGUCCGCCGCCCCGGACUGCGCUCCCAGCCUCGAAGUCGGCAACCCGGUACCCGCUGCCCCCUGUCCGCUGGGCGAGCCCAAGACCCAGGCCUGCUCGGGGUCCGAGAGCCCUAGCGACUCGGAGGGUGAAGAAAUUGAUGUUGUGACAGUGGAGAAGAGACAGUCCCUGGGUGUACGGAAGCCGGUCACCAUCACGGUGCGAGCAGACCCUUUGGACCCCUGCAUGAAACACUUCCACAUCUCCAUCCAUCAGCAGCAACACAACUAUGCUGCCCGCUUUCCUCCAGAAAGCUGCUCCCAAGGAGGGGCUCCAGAGAGGGGUCCCCAAGAAGAGGCUCUGGAGAGAGAUGCUCCAGAGGAAAAGGAAGAGGAGGAUGUACAUGAAGAGGUUGUGAGCCCUCUGCCUAUGGAAAGUGAGGCUUCCCAAUCCUGCCACCCCAAACCUGUCAGUUCUGACACUGAGGAUGUGACCAAGAGGAAGAACCACAACUUCCUGGAGCGCAAAAGGCGAAAUGACCUCCGUUCAAGGUUCUUGGCCCUGAGGGACCAGGUUCCCACCCUGGCCAGCUGCUCCAAGGCCCCCAAAGUGGUGAUCCUGAGCAAAGCCUUGGAAUACUUGCAAGCCCUGGUGGGAGCAGAGAAGAGGAUGGCUACGGAGAAAAGGCAGCUCCGAUGUCGGCAGCAGCAACUGCAGAAAAGAAUUGCGUACCUCAGUGGCUACUAACUGACCAAAAAGCCUGACUGCUCUGUCUUACAAAGACCCAAGUUUAUUUUUUUUAACCUUUUCUCUCCCCCUUAGUAAUUUGCACAUUUUGGUUACGGUCGGACAGUCCGGACAGUAGAUCCCAGAAUGCUUUGCAGCCAGCGCACACAAUAAGGGCUUGCAUUCUUGGAAACCUGGGACCCCAGCUCUCCCUCUUCCCUGACUCACGGGAGCACUGUGUCUUCUGUGGCGCCUUCGGCUUCUCGGGCAGGCAGCUGACUGAGGAGCCCCAGGGUCUGCCUCACUUACUAGCUCUGAAGAAAAGCCUGACAGAUGCUAUGCAACAGGUGGUGGACGUGGUUGGGGCCUCCAGCCUGCUUGAAACCUCACACUCCGGAUGAGUGUUAGGCUGGGAAAGGAUGCUCCCACUGCUGUCUCUGGGGUGAUGCUAGGACAGCUGGGCCUGGAUGCUCUCCCCGAGGCUCCUUUUUCCAGGAGACACAUGAGCUGUCUUGGGUGAAGACAAGCUUGCAGACUUGAUCAACGUGGACCGUUACCUCACUGUCAGACACUUUACAGUAGCUGAGGAGUUGGAAACCUUUAAUAUAUACAUAUAUAUUAUAAUGUUAGAUGACACCCCUCUUCCCACUCUCAGUGCUGCGACCUUGACAACGUUUAAAGAACUUGGCCUCUAGGUUCUUUGUCUCAAAGCCCUCUGGGCCUUUUCCUAUGAGGAAGAGACCAUUCUGUCCUCGUAAGGGACUUUUUUUGUUUCCUUCUGCCUUUGUUAUGCAAUGGGUUCUACAGUACCCCUUUCCCGCAGGUCAGAAACGUUUCCCUAAGACACAGGGAAAUGGGCCCUAGCCUGGCGAUGGCCUGGAGUCCUGGCCGUGAACUUGUUCCUUACCCCGGUGUCUUCUGUCUUGGAAUCUUUGCACAAGGCAGAUGUCAGGCAUCUCAGGGGUGAGGACUGUACCACUUCCUAUUUUCCAGCUGCCUCUCACCUCAAUCCCUGGCUGAUAAGUUUGAAGUUCUGUUAGAACCAUCCUUCUCAUGCAACUCUAGGGAGCUUGCUGUCUCUGCAGCCACCCUUGGGCCACCUGCCAGCCUGGCAUGAGUCAUCCCUUCCCUAGAAUCUGGGACUUACUGAAGUUUUUACUGGGAGAGCUGCUGGGACUCAUCCUGGACUCCAGAAGGUAGUCUUGCUUCCUGGUGGGAGCUCUGCUUAGUGGGCCAUGAUAGAUUUUGCCCCAGCUGGACUUGGCACCUCCAAGUGGAUUCCGGGUGCAGCCUCCAGUCUGUGAAAGGCACCCAACCCUAUAGUGUCUUGUGAGCAACCUCAGGAGCCCCUAAGCCUAGCCUGGACGAAGGACCAGCCCCCUCCAGAACCUUCCUGUGGGCAGCAGUAUCUGCUGGUUAUGGGUUCGAAAGGGACACGGAAGGAGGGUGGAAGGCUGUAUGCAGCUCUGGAGAGCCACCUGCUACUUCUAAACCUAUUAUGCACGAUGGUCUGUUUCUGAGGUUGCUUCCUGGUGCCAGAGAACCCCACUGGAAGCUUGGGAAAAGCCUCCGUAUCUUUUGGAGCAUGGUUUUUGGAGCCAGCCAACUUCUGGAACUGUCUUUGGAGAACAGGUUUAUGAAGGCCUAGACAUCAUCACCAACAAGGUUUCUACUCAAGAGCAGAGACUAUGCCAG